AAGCAACCUUCUCCCAGAUAAGAGUUCUCCCCUCCGCAUUCAUCCUCUCGCCUCUCUUCCUCUUUUUAGCAGACUAUGUUGCUCCUCUCUGUGUCGCCUCAACAUCACACACUCUUCUCCGUACCUAGGGUUUCAUCUUCCUCUUCAUUGUCUUCUUCUUCAAGGCUUCCUCUUCUUCCCAAGCUUACCUCAUCGAUCUUCUCUCGGUCCACCGCCCGGAGGUUCCCCUGUGCGCUCACCUUCGCCUCCAAAGUCCGGAGCAUGGCGGAGCUGGUCGAGGACAAGGAAGCCGGCGUGGCGGUAGUGGCUUCCGGUUCCGGCGAGGGGACAGAGGAGAGUAAGGGGCUCAAUCGCUCCCACACGUUUCUGGAUGCGCGGACUGAGGAAGCAUUACUUGCUGGAAUCAGGGAGGAAACAGAAGCUGGCAGGCUUCCUCCAAAUGUUGCUUCAGGGAUGGAGGAACUCUAUCAGAAUUAUCGAAAUGCAGUUUUUCAAAGUGGAAAUCCCAGGGCAGAUGAAAUUAUAUUGUCAAACAUGACUGUUGCCUUGGAUCGAAUUUUCCUGGAUGUAGAGGAUCCUUUUGUGUUCGAACCUCAUCACAAAGCACUGCGAGAGCCCUUUGACUAUUACAUGUUUGGCCAAAAUUAUAUCCGGCCUUUGGUUGAUUUCAGCAAUUCAUAUGUUGGCAACAUCUCCCUUUUCUGUGAUAUGGAAGAGAAGCUUCAGCAGGGUCACAAUAUUGUCCUGAUUUCCAACCAUCAAACAGAAGCAGACCCAGCUGUCAUUGCCUUGUUGCUUGAAUCAACAAAUCCACUUAUUGCUGAGAACAUGAUCUAUGUAGCUGGAGAUAGGGUUGUAACAGAUCCUCUUUGCAAGCCCUUCAGCAUGGGAAGGAAUCUCUUGUGUGUGUACUCAAAAAAGCACAUGAAUGAUGUCCCUGAACUUGCUGAGAUGAAAAGAAGAGCAAACACACGAAGUUUAAAGGAAAUGGCUUUGCUUCUAAGGGCUGGAUCACAAAUAAUAUGGAUUGCACCAAGUGGGGGUAGGGACCGUCCUGAUCCUCUGACCAAAGAAUGGCACCCAGCACCCUUUGAUGCAUCUUCAGUGGAUAAUAUGAGAAGGCUUGCAGAACAUUCUGGGGUUCCAGGGCAUAUUUAUCCCUUAACAUUGAUGUGUCAUGACAUCAUGCCUCCUCCUCUCCAGGUAGAAAAAGAAAUUGGGGAGAAAAGAUUGAUCUCUUUUCAUGGGACCGGAUUAUCAGUGGCACCAGAAAUUAAAUUCCAUGAAAUUGCUGGUUCCUAUGAAAACCCUGAUGAGGCUAAGGAGGCUUAUACACAAGCUUUCUAUAAUUCUGUUGUUGAGCAAUACUAUGUACUCAAUUCUGCUAUACAUGGAAAACAAGGUCUAGGGGCAUCAACGCCAACUGUUUCAUUGUCACAACCAUGGAAUUAGUCAAACAUUUCUACCUCUCUCAUAUCCUCUUGCUUUAUUACUAGGUAUCUCUCACUCGGUAAGUCAUAUCUAAGAAUUUAAAGAUUAUGAACUUAUUGUUUUCCUUCGGUGUUAAAAUUAUAAAAUUCUUUGUUGCUGUGAGAAUUAUAUAAACUUUGAUGGGGUUCUUUAUGUACAAAAUGCCAUUGGACAAUAUGGAAAAAAAUAUUCCACAUGUUAUGCUUAAGCUUCAAAUACCUAGAUCUGAUAUCACGCUUAAUUGCAUUGCUUGUGGGUAUUUCUUCUCUCUGGUAAUUUUAUCUAAUGAAUUCGCUUUCUUUUUUGGUUUUCUUGUAUAUUUGAGGAAUGCAAACAGUAUGGAUGAAGCGGUUAUCCAAUUUUUAGGACAUUGGGAUUACUGAUACAUGGAAGAGUUCUGUGUUUGUACCUUCAAAUUUGUAGACUUAUUUGGGCAUUAUGGGAGAAAGUAGAAAAUAUUUAUAGUGAUUAUCCUGAAAAGUAUGAGAGUUGCUUUAUUUCUGGUAUAAUUGAUGAAUUCAUCCUGUUAUGAAUUAUUGAUAACCUGCAAUACUGGACAAAGAGCUUCUGACUGAAUAUACGAUAGAUUUAGAAAGUCAUAUGUGCUAGUUACAUUAGCAAUAAACCCAUGGAAGACAUCAGGCCCUUCAAAUGCUCCACUUAGAUAUCUUUUGAUUGAAGUUUCAUAGUUGAAAGCAUGGUGAACUGACUUUAUCAUAAACACUGGCCAGUUAAUUUGAUAUUUGAUAUUGUAAGAGGCGUGUAUAUAUAGUAGUAUUUCUUCUUAUUGGAGGUAUAAUAUGUACCGUGUGCAACAAUGCAAGUAGAGUAUAAUAAUUUAUAUUGGUAGAAUAUAGUGAAAGCAUUCCAAAUAUAGUGAGUUGGUAUGGCAUGGUAAAAUGUUAGAUCUAAUGAAAAACAUAAAAUAAAGAGGAUGAGAAGGGUAAAAUGUUGAUGUUUGACCUGGCUAUGUUUUUUUCUAACAUUUUAAUCUUUUCUCUUGAGGAAGAGAUCAAUCAAACUGUUGCUUGUCCUUCUCUUCAUAAAGCCAAAAAAGAAAACAAAAAUGAAAGAAUUCUUUGACAGUGAGCUGAUAAUGCAAUUCCAAAGAGUUGUAUUUCCUGCACACUAUUAUUUUAGUUCUUUUCUGCUUUUAAUCCUUAGAGGGUAGCGCCGUCUAUGGAAUAGGUGUGGACAAUACCUUUAUUUGUAGGAAGAUGGGUUUCUUUAAUCUAGUACUGUAGAUAUUAACUAGGAUGCUUUAUAUCAAGCUCCUUGGAAAAAAUGGUAUCAGGCUUGGGAAUGAAAGAAGUGUAACCCGCAUUCAGAUGAGAAACAACAUUCUGAUAGAAUGAAUAUUGAAGUAAUUUUUUUCAAUUUACAUUUAUACGUAUGUAAAUCUAUCAGGCUUCUUAUGCGCGUGUCUGGGUGUUGUAACAAAUACAAAUUUUGAGCACAUGCUAGGGAUCGACCAGUCCAUGGAAGAGGUAGAAAGAACAGAAAAAUUGUUGUGUUUUAACUGAAAGCCACAAAAGUUUGCCUCCCCAACGACAACCCCACUCCCCCACAAGCUUUACUUGACAGAUUUUAGUGUCUUUAUCAGAAUAGUGCUUUUAUUACAAAUUUGAAAAAUAAGACUUCUCCACAGUAUAUACUGGUCCAGGGGAGGAAGAAAGGAAGCCAUAAUAAACUUGUAAUUUUUCUUCUUCUACACCAAAUAUACGUAUGCAUUAAUAGACUAUCUCUGUCAUCUAUGUAAUGAAUUUCUCAUGAUUUAUUGCAGGCUAUAAGACAAUUCUUUAAACACAAUUCUGUGACCCCUCAACCCCAGGGUGCUUGCUUGCUGUUAAAUGAUAUUGUGCAACCACAAGAGAGGGCUGUUUCUAAUGGCCGCGACUCCCGCUGGAGUUUCUCAUCUGUCAUCAGUUUUUGGGUUCUUUCUGUUCCUUUAUCUGGGAGGUUUUGAUGGGGGGGUUAAAAAUUGAUCAGGAAUCGGAGGUGUCUCAGAAGUUGGAUAUCAGGUGUGUGGUGUACAUAUCUGUCUUAGUUGUUGUAAGAAUUGUUCCAGCCAUUGAUAAGCAGUUUACAUGUAUAUUCAUAUAUCAGAUUUUCUGGAGAUGAUAGCUUUUGUUAUAUAGUUUUUAUAGAUCUUUUACUUGA